AUGGCGGCGUCCCCGCCCUCUCCCCCUCCGCCUCCCGCCGUCCGGAGCCCCGCCCACCAGUCGCCGUCUCCGAACCUCGCCAACUUCUUCGUGUGGAGGGAAUUUGUGUGGGGAGCAAUUGCAGGCGCAUUUGGAGAAGGCAUGAUGCAUCCAGUUGACACUCUGAAAACAAGGCUUCAGAGUCAGGCUAUAAUGACAGGGGCUCAGGCUCAGAAGAAUAUUUUUCAGAUGGUCAGGACAGUUUGGGCUUCUGAUGGUCUGAGAGGUUUUUACAGAGGAAUCGGUCCAGGUGUUACUGGUUCACUUGCUACAGGUGCAACAUAUUUUGGUGUUAUUGAAUCAACUAAGACAUGGCUUGAGAAUGCUAAUCCUAACCUAAGUGGUCAUUGGUCUCACUUCAUUGCUGGAGGAAUUGGAGAUACACUUGGAUCUUUCAUCUAUGUGCCGUGUGAAGUCAUGAAACAACGAAUGCAAGUCCAAGGCUCUAGCAAAUCUUGGGCAUUGAAUGCUACAAAAGGAAAUGUUUCUCAAUCUCCUGGGACUCAGAUGUAUGGCUACUAUAACGGAAUGUUCCAUGCUGGUCGUUCUAUUUUGAGAGAUCAUGGUCUGAAGGGACUCUAUGCAGGGUAUGGGUCUACGCUUGCCAGGGAUGUCCCUUUUGCUGGUCUAAUGGUAACUUUCUACGAAGGACUGAAAGAUCUGACUGAGUACGGGAAGAUGAAGUAUUUUCCAGACAGUGAUUUACAAGUCAGCAACUCCUUUGAAGGGCUUGUUCUAGGAGGAUUAUCAGGCGGUUUCAGUGCAUACUUGACAACCCCCUUGGAUGUGAUCAAGACAAGGUUGCAAGUGCAAGGAUCAAGAACUAGGUAUGAUGGGUGGCUGGAUGCUAUUAAAAAGACAUGGGCUUCCGAGGGAGCAAGUGGCUUGUUCAAGGGGAGUGUUCCCAGGAUCAUAUGGUACAUACCCGCAUCUGCGUUCACGUUCAUGGCGGUGGAAUUCCUGAGGGAGAAUUUCAACGAGAAGACCGAUACAGAUGCAGAGAUGCCCCUGAACUGA